CUUUUUCAUGCGGCAGAAAAAAGGAAGUUUGUGACUUAUAUCUUUAAUAGGAAUAUGUCGUCCAUUGACAAGGAACAAGUUGAGAAAGAACUAUUACCUUUCUUGGAGAAGACAUCAAGGCCUGAUCUACGAUGUAUUGGGAUGGAGUAUUUCUUAGGACUAACAGGAGCACCUGAGGGAAAACUGUUCAUUAUUAGUAAUAACCAGAUUCUUUGUGCAAUAAUUGAACUUGUGACGGACACUCAAUCAGCCAUUGCUAAAGAUGCUCUAUUUGCACUGGUGAACUUAACCCAAGAUGAAAACACAGUAGUUAAACUUUUAAGACUUGAAAAAGUUGAUCUAACAAUGACCUGUUUGGAAUAUAUCCUUGACAAGACAAGUCCGCACGCUGAUAUUGCAUGCAGCCUACUGGCAAAUAUUACUCGAUUUGAAAAAGGUGCACAAAUUGUCGCAGAUUUAAUCAUGGCGAAACAGGAUGUGAUUGGACUAGACAAAUUGGUGUCUGCAAUGUGUUUAAAAGAUUAUAACCCUUCAAAUAGGCUCCACUACAUUGCAGCUGUUCUCUCAAAUCUAACUCAGAUUCCAUCAACCAGGCAGUUCAUCAUGGAUAAGGAUAGGUGUGUGAUACAGCGACUUCUUCCAUUCACUGAGUUCACAGAGUCAACAAUCAGAAGACAUGGGAUUAUAGGCACGCUGCGCAACUGUUGUUUUGACACUGAAUACCACGAAUGGCUGCUUAGUGAGAAGGUGGACAUUCUACCACGACUGUUGCUCCCCCUAGCUGGACCCGAGGAGUUUGAUGAUGAAGACAAUGGAAAACUACCUGAGGAUCUGCAAUACCUUGAGCCCACUAAAGAGAGAGAACCCGAUCCAGAAAUACGUAAAAUGUUGAUAGAGGCUAUAAAUCAGUUGUGUGCAACAAAACCAGGAAGACUUUACGUGAAAGAGAAGAAUGCUUAUGUUAUAAUGAGAGAACUUCAUAAAUGGGAAAAAGACAAAUCAGUGAUGUUUGCAUUAGAAAAUCUUGUGGACAUUUUGAUAGGAGAUGAACCUGAGAAAGGAAUGGAGAACCUAAAAGAAAUACACAUUCCAGAGGAUUUGAAACAAAAGUUUGACAAAAUGGACGAUGCACUUAUACAGGAUGAAAAAACUAUUGAGGCUAAAACACAAUAAUACAGAUACUAUAUACAUUAUAAUAGAUCUAAUAUUUAAUGAUACAUUACAACUGUAUUUGUCAAGUUACAGUAAAAAUAAAUGAAACAUCAAAUGUACAGUGUAUUUAGAUUGAGGGAAUGUCCCAGCAAGAAAGACAGGGUGUUAUUUAUUAGUAAAACUAAAUUCAAUUCUGCAUAAGGGAAUUUAUAUUGAUUAAACUAGUGAUGGGACACACUUCAAACCCAACUCCAGACAAAGGAGACUGAUAUCAAUUAAAACUCCCAAGU